GGAUCCGGCCCAUUGCCUCGACUGUUCUCGGUUACACUUCAAUUGCCACCUAUCAAUCAUUCCAUCAAGAUAUCUUGUUCCAGAGGACUGUUCAGUCUUGUCACCACUGAUUUGGUGCACCAUGAUUGCCAGCCCUCAUGGGAUUCCCUGGUUAAUGUGUAACCUUCUUCCAAUCCGGCGGGAAGUCGCCCGAGGUAUUCGGCACUCAGCUUCUAGACUGUCAUAUAGACCACAUCAACCCUGGUUAUAUCAUAGCCGCUUCGUUCAUCCUGUGUCUAGAUCAAGCUCUUCUGUUUCUAGACCCCAGCAAGCAUCUGCAGCCCAGAACAUGUCGUCUCAGAAGGUUCCCAAACCCAAGGCUGCGGUGGCCGUUCCUCGGCCAAGUUCAAGUGUGGUCCUCAUAUCGCCCAAGAAUGAAGUCCUGCUUCUUCACCGCGUCAAGACAUCAACUUCGUUCGCAUCGGCACAUGUCUUCCCUGGCGGUAACCUCUCCAAGCAGGACGGACUAUGUCCACCACCCGAAGACCUCUCCCGACACGAUGACGGUCCCUGGUACCGCCAUGCCGCCAUCAGAGAACUCUUCGAAGAAAGCGGCAUCCUCUUAGCCAAGGACCGUGAUUCGGGAAAGAUGCUCGCCGUUCCAGAAGAGCAGCGUGAAGCUGGUCGACGCGCGAUCCAUCAAUAUAAGAUCACGUUCACGGACUGGCUGAAGGAACGGAAUCCUGCUGCAGUACCGGAUAUAGAACAACUAAUCCCUUUUACACGGUGGAUCACGCCUACGAAUGUUCCUAAACGGUAUACGACACAGAUGUACCUCUACUUCUUACCCUUGCCAUUGGAUAUUGAGAAGCCGAUUCUGGAUGAGAUCCCGUCGGAUGGACAGACGGAGGAGAUCCAGAUCCCGACGAGCGAUGGCGGGAUGGAGAUCUCCGAGGCGAGGUUCCUGCCUGCGUCGGAAUGGAUUCGAAUGGCGCAUGAUGGUGAAGUGAUGCUGUUUCCGCCUCAGUUCCUGCUUCUUCAUUUAGUGGCGGAGUUUCUGAACCCGGGGCCAUCGGGGACGGAGUCAGUUGAUGAGCUGCAGAAGCGACGAGCUGAACUGAUGCAAUUUAUUCAGUCAGGCCAGCCAUCCUGGACAGAGAAAUAUAUUUGCCCGAAGAUGCUCAAGGUAUCGUCUGAUGGACGAACCGUACUAGCACUAGAUCACCCUGGCCCAGAACUGAAGUCCAGCGGUCGACAAGGAGAAACAGAUCGAGUAGUACUCGUAAAGUUCAAGAAGGGCAGUGUCCAGGACGUCGAAGUGCGCUGGAAGAAGGACAUGUUCGACUCAAGCCAUCUGUAACAACACAUCACCAGUACCCUACUACAUCAUCUACAUAGUAC